AUUGUGUGUCCUGGAGGGAGAGUCCUGUAUCUGAAAGAACCAAAUGAAGAUGUUUCUCAUCUUGACGGCUCUGCUCUUGUCCCUGAAAGGAAACAAUGCUGCUGCAGGUGAAACACAGAAUAAACCACAGGGUACAAAUGGACUCUAUAUUAACAUCACUGCAGGAGAAAUAACAGCAGAGGCUGGACUCUGUGCUGUUCUGCCAUGUUCUUUCUCUACUGCGGGUGGAUUUGAGGCCAAAAGUGUAAUCUGGUACAAAUGUCAAUUACAAGAAAAGUGUAAUGAUGUAAUAUUUAACUCCAGUCAGAGCCACAAAGUUCAGGGCCGAAUGUCACUGCUGGAGUUUAAUUUAACCAAAAGUAACUGCAGCCUCAUCAUCAACGACCUCACAGAGUCAGACAGUGGAUAUUAUCAGCUCAGACUGAACGGCAUCGCAUCUAAGCCAGAAGCAACUGUCAACGUUAAAGUGUCACCAGUCCUGACCCAGAAGCCCACAGUGAAGGUUCCUGCUCUGACUGAGGGACAGCAGACCACACUGACCUGCACCGCUCCUGGUCUCUGCUCUGGAUCUGAUCCAAACAUCACCUGGACAUGGAGACGAUCUGCAGAGGAUGACUCUUACAUCCCAGGAAACAUCACCACCACUCAUGGACACAACUCCUCUUUGACCUUUACCCCUUCAGCCAAACACCACAGCACUGAGGUCACCUGUAAGGUCAACUUCAGAGGCAACACGAGCACACAGGAGACGGUGACGCUGAACGUGACCUUAUCUCCAAAGAUCUUAAACAUCUCUUCAUGUGAGAGGUCAGUGAGGUCAGAGGUCGUGACCUGCGUGUGCAUCAGCGAGGGGUUUCCGUUGCCCACAAUCAGGUGGCCGAUGUUGGAGAAACACUCCAAGUACUCGGUCAUCACCACUGUAUCAGACCACACCAUCAACAGCACUGUCACUCUGAGUGGGAAACAUGUCAACAACACCGUUGAGUGUAUCAGUAAGAGGGGAGAAACAAGAGAUAGAAUGAUCCUCAGCGUCUCAGAGACCAAACCAAACCAAAGGGAUCUAUUCAAGAUGUUGUUGAAAACAGUUCAGGAACCACAGGUCAUCUUUUCAUUUCUGAUUGGCCUCGUCCUCUCUGCAUCCAUCUGCUGUUUAGCAGGACUAUGCAGAAGGAAAAAAACAAAGACAUCUGCAAAUCUGUACGAGACGCUGGAGAUGGUGACAGCCCAGACAGUUCCACUGAAAAAUGCUGAACAACAAAUUGAAGACAAUCCAGCUCAUGAACCAGAGGUUACUGAAGGACAGGGAGUGGAGGCUUCUGGGACAUCAGCGCCUGGCGGUGACGUGGAAGCAAAACAAGUGGAGUACUCUGACCUCGACUUCUCUGUGCUGACGAGGCAGAGACCAGCAGGGGCAGAAGAGACCCAGGCCAGCACCGAGACGGAGUACGCAGAAAUUAAAAGAGAAACCACAGAAGACACACAGGACAACGACGGAGAGGCAGCGGAAAUGGAGGAGGUGAAGUCAGGGGAGGACGAGGAAAACAAACUGUGUGUGGUGGUAGAAGAGGAGCAAGGUGAGGCUGUGUCUCUGUACUCCAACCUGGAUGAAAUAAAUGACAUCUGAGGGGGGGGCCAUGGCACUGUGAGCCUGAUUACAUGACCAUAAAAGUCUGAUACCUGGGAGUAAUCAGAUACUUGGAAUAAUCAGAUCUGAUACAUCUACAUGUAAUUCACAAAUGGGUCCAGUCAAGCGAAAGUGAACAUCAACAAGAAAAAGUACAUUUGCACACAUCAUAUAUCAAGAGGGCUAAUUUUUUAGCUAAAGAUCUCUAUUUUAUGAAACUGUUAUCCUUUUUAAAAUACCACCCGUAGAAAAAAAGUUACAACCGAUUUUAUCAAUUGUACUUUUUACACCAUAGCCAUAGCUCAAAUUUGACGCUAAAAUUAAAUCUAAAAACUGUGAUAAUUUAUUCAGUCUAUUGAUUAUAUAGAUGACUGUAAAGUUUCAAGUACUAGAUUUUAAUUAUUUUGUGACUAUUAUGAAUAUUUAUGACUUUGAACAUUUGUAAGUUGCUUAAAAGGCCCUGUCCACAUGUUACCACAAAAAUACCCAUUUUUAAUUUUCAAGUUCAUUAUAAUUCAGAUAUUUCAGUGAAACUUU